AAGAGGGGAGAAGAGUAAGGAAUAAUAUUAUGUUGCAGUUUAACAGUCAGCAAGAGUUUCUUUUCCGAAAACAUAAAGGCAGAGAGAUGGAAGCACCAAACAUCCUACCGCAGCCCAGCAAGGGGAAGGAAAAGGAAGUUGUUCAUGUAGACAAGCAGAGUGGUACUUCAGCCACCACUGCCUUGAACACCCAGCCGCUACUGCAACUAGGACCUGAGGGGAAUUACAACUAUUAUGUGGAUGAUGAAGAUGAGGAAGAUGAAGAGAAAGAAGAAGGAAAUUGGCAACAUGAAGAUGCAUUUAAGGGCGAAAGCAAGGCCUCAUCAUUUAUUCCUUGUUCCCCUGCUCUUUCCUCUAGAUCCCCGGCCACAUCAUCUGCUCCAUCCGUGCUGAACAUCAAUGUUGGUGGCCAAAGUUACCGUCUCACCUACCAGGCGGUGGCCAUCUACCCCAAGACCCGCCUGGGCCGCCUGGCUACCUCCACUGACCGCCGCUGCCAGCUGGGCCUGUGUGACGACUACGCUGCCCAGGUUGAUGAGUACUUCUUUGACCGGGACCCAGCUGUCUUUCAGCUGGUGUACAAUUUCUAUGCCUCAGGGGUGCUGCAGGUGAGGGACGAGCUGUGCCCCCGCAGCUUCCUGGAGGAGCUGAGCUACUGGGGCGUGCGCCUCAAAUACACACCCCGUUGCUGCCGCAUCUGCUUCGAGGAGCGCCGGGACGAGCUGAGCGAGCAGCUGAAGGUGCAGCGAGAGCUGCGCUCCCAGGCAGAGGCUGAAGAGAAUGAGCAGCUCUUCCGCCACAUGCGCUACUAUGGGCCCCAGCGCUGGCGCCUCUGGAACCUCAUGGAGAAGCCCUUCUCCUCUGUCACUGCCAAAGUGAUGGCAGUGGCCUCCAGCUUCUUCGUGCUCAUCUCCGUGGUGGCCCUAGCACUCAACACAGUAGAGGAGAUGCAGCAGGUAGACUGGAAGAGUGGGGAUAGCCGGCCUGUCUUGGAGCAUGUGGAGACCUUGUGCAUUGCAUUCUUCACAUUGGAGUACCUGCUGCGCUUGGUCUCUACCCCAGACCUGCGCCGCUUUGCCAGCAGUGCCCUCAAUGCAGUAGACCUCAUUGCCAUCCUGCCCCUCUACCUGCAGCUGCUGCUUGAAUGCUUUACUGACGAUGACCAGCCCCGGGGUCGGGGCUCCCAACACGAGCACGAUAUCGAGAAGGUGGGACGGGUGAGCAAGGUAGGACAAGUUCUUCGCAUCAUGCGCCUCAUGCGCAUCUUCCGCAUCCUCAAGCUGGCCCGCCACUCCACAGGGCUGCGUGCCUUUGGCUUUACCUUGCGCCAGUGCUACCAGCAGGUGGGCUGCCUUUUGCUCUUCAUUGCUAUGGGCAUCUUUGCCUUCUCUGCCAUGGUCUACACAGUGGAGCACGAUGUCUCCAGUACCAACUUCACCAGCAUUCCCCAUGCUUGGUGGUGGGCUGCCGUCAGCAUCUCUACAGUGGGAUAUGGAGAUAUGUGUCCAGAAACGCACCUUGGACGCCUGUUUGCUUUCCUCUGCAUUGCUUUUGGAAUAAUCCUGAAUGGCAUGCCCAUCUCCAUCCUCUAUAAUAAGUUCUCAGACUAUUACAGCAAGCUGAAGGCGUACGAGUACACAGCUCUCAAGAAAGAAAGAGGGAAGGUCGACUUUACACGGAGAGCCAUGAGGAAAAUAUCUGAGUGCUGCGGAGAAGGUGCAUCCCACCCUUUGUCACAGCAAUUAUAG